CAACACCUUUCACUCUUGGCUAACCAUUUCAAGCAGUUGGUGGAACAAUAUGAAAAUGAACGCACAAAUAUGGAAAAAAAUCUCAGGGAUCGUGAAGCGGAGAUUACUCUGCUUAACAACCAAACCAAACUGGCAUCUAGCGAAUCAGGAGUAGUUUUCAAGCAGACUGUUGUUUGCGGUAGUAGUGAUAUUUUCCUUCUCAUUCAAGUCCACUCCAGUCCAAAUAACUUUAUGAAGCGACAUGCCAUUAGGCUCUCAUGGGGAAAUUUGGAACACUUCAUCGGCCAUCGACAAGGGGUGAUUGUUCGAAGGUUAGGUUACGACCCGGGGGGGACUCCGCGUAUGAAAGGGUUGGGGAUGCUCGUCGUCUCGCUUAGGGGUGUAAAUUUCGGAUUUUGGUCUCACUUAGGGUGUCCCGGGCAAAACACCAUCAUAUUUAACCGCGAAGGUCUCGUUUAGGGUUGCACGUGAAAAAAUAUAAAAAUAUAUAUAUAUUGUCUGUGAUUUCACAUGGUCUCUUUUAAGGGUCAAAAAAAGCUUGGGCUACGCCCAGAUCGGUCUCCUUUAGGGGUUUAAUUCAAAAUUUCUGACGAGCAACCCCACCCCUUUCAUAUGCGGAGUUCCCCCCGGGGGUUACGAUUAUUAUCUCAGUGAUUAUAAACAGUAUAAAUUAUAUUGUUUGAGAGCAGAAGAAAUAAGCCUCUUAUUUAAGCCCUUUCAAUUAUUGAUUAAUCAUCUUUAGUAGAAAUGAAAAUUCAAAUUAUAAUUCUUUCACUUUAAUGCAGUGAUCAUCCUGAAGCUUGUGUAGAACUUGCCGCCAUUUUCUCAAUUUAGAUUUUUUUCGCAUUUCUGAUCUAGACCUUCGUUAAUUUAUCAGCGGAAAUAUUGGCGCCAUUAUGCGUGGAAUAUCCAAUAAUAAAUGGUGUCAACCUUAUUCCCAGGGCCCUCUCUCUUCCCCGCUUGAGAAAACAGGGGAAACUGGAAACUAUGUUACAUGUAAUGACGAAAUCCGAAAGAUCUUUUCACAAGGAUCUAUAAAACUAAAACUUAAAAUUGAUAUUUGUAACCAAUGAAACAAAGGGAAUGAGGCCUAUUCAUUCUCUUUUGAAUCAUUGUUCUCUUUUUACAAUAAUUAUUCCACAAUAUCCUCGUUUUACUUCAUAAGGAUAUAUAUCUUUACAAGCAUUUACGGGAGACUUAGCUGUAUUAGCCGGGGGCUUGCAGCUUACCGUAUUAUAUAUAUACAGCAUGCAAUUCUUUCAUAUAUUUUCAACAGGGUUUGGAAAACUGUAUUUAUCGUUGGCAAGAGUUUGGAUCCAACAACAGAUCGUCUUGUAGUUCAGGAAGCUGCCAUUUACAAGGACAUCGUUAUAGGAACGUUCGAGGAUACAUUUCGAAACUUAUACAAAAAGAUGAUCUGGGGUCUUACUUGGCCAAUGGAAGAAAACUGCAGUGCUUCAUACAUCCUUAAAACAGAUGAAGAUUGUUUUGUUAAUGUUGGAAAUAUCCUUCAUUGGCUUGACAGAUAUCACAUAAUUACAAAUGGAACACAACCGAUAUACGCCGGUCGACGGCAGGAUAAUAUGCCAGUCGUUCGGGACAAGGAAAAUCGCUACUAUCUGUCUGAAGAGGAAUUCCCUGAAGAAGAAUUUUACCCGUACGCUUCAGGAGGUGGUUACGUUUUCAGUGGAACAUUAUUGCCUCUUCUUUCCAAUGUUUCAAAAACCGCGCCGUUAUUCCCAAACGAGGACGCAUUAUUUGGUUCGCUCAUGCGCAGAAUCGGAGUGGAGCCAACAGAUAAUACCAAGAUUAUUCCUCUGGUCUACUGUGAACGUGCUCACAAGAUUCGAGAGGAGCGUAUGUGCAGUUUAUCAAAACAGUUUAUACUGCAUGGCGUGAAAGGGAAAGAACAACUUAAAAUGCACUUCAAUAGCGCGUUAUUCAGCUCUGUUUCUUCGCUUUGUUCGGGACUGCCAGACAGCGACGACGAGAUGCGAGAUCGUUGCGAACACGACAAAUAA